AUGGCAUCUUUUCUUCAACUGGUGAAGAACUCGUUUUGCAGAGGUUCGCCAUUCCGGGCCCCGUUGUCGCCGCUGAACUUUUCCAGUACUGGCUUCCCGCUCGUAAGUGACUCAACCCCCCUGGAGGAGGAGCAUCUUGACGAGUUCGAAGCCGGACAGUACUAUCCCGCCAAUAUCGGAGACGUAUACGACGAAAAGUACCUGGUCCUGAGAAAAGUUGGGCUUCGGGUCUACAUCGACUCUCUGAAGAUCUACACGGUUGAUGGUGGCGACUUGGAAGAGUUCCAAACAUACAAGGCUCUGGGCAAAGGAAACCGCUCCCACCCUGGAUAUUCCCAUGUCCGCACCGCCCUCGACACCUUCAAACUGAAAAGACCGAAUGAUGGCAGCGUCAUGCAUCAUUGCCUCGUCCGGAAUCCCAUGUGGGAUAGCUGGAAGGACGUCGUGCGCUGGAACCCAGCCGGCCUCGUCAAUGAAGAACUCUUGAAAGCAGGCCUCGCCAAGCUGUUAUUGGCCCUCGAUUAUCCUCACUCCAAGUGUAAAAUCGUUCAUACUGAAGCGUUCACACGGUCCGAGCUGGAAGACCCUUCCCCUAGGAAAUUCGUGGACGGAGCUCCGAUCUACAAGUCUCGGCAGUUUGGCCGUCCCAAGAUAUCUGACGACGUUGUCCUGGGCGAUUUCGGUACGGCGAUUCGGGGCGACCGGAGGCAGUUUGGUCAGCCACAGUCUCAGUUACCUGGACACUCGUAA